AUGCAAAUGACGGCUCCCCGCUGGAAACUAGCGCUCGACAAGGCGCUGGCUGCGUCCCCCAAGGCAACUGGUACGGCUGGUAAAGAACGUGAAGACAGCUGCUUGAACUUGCUCACAGUCAUCCAACUGGCGUCGAUUGACGUGAAUACGCCAGUCCCCCACGUCCGUUCGCUCGUCUUUCGCUCGUUUGUGUCGCCGACGAAUGAUGAAAGCCAUCCUUUGCUGCUUGCGACAACAGGUGGGAUUGAUUUACUUACCGCAAAAGAAACUAACUGGAAUGUGAUAGAUGUCCGAAGUCCCAAGACCGCGCAACUGAUCUCAAACCCGCAUGUACAAGUUGUGUGGUAUAUUGAAGGCACGCAAGAGCAAUACCGCAUUGCUGGGACCGCAAGAGUGAUACCAGCGCCGGGUGAAGGGCUCUACAAGCAUUUUGUGCACACUCUUGUCGAGCUACAGAACACGGCGAAACCAAGUUCUUUCGACUGGGAGGCCAAACGACUGGCGGUAUUCCGCAGUAUGAGUCCAUUCAUGAAGGCCAGCUGGUGCAGACCGGUACCCGGAAGUCGGCUAGAAGGCGGGCAAGAGGAAGCACGCAAAUGGCCUACCGAAAUUCACGAGCCAGCGGCGGACGAUGCGGAGGCGAAGAAGUUGUGGGACAUGUCGUUGGGUAAUUUCGCGUUGGUGGUCAUUGAGCCGAGUGAGGUGGACCAUAUCGAGCUCGCGCCAGUGCCAAAUCUCAGAACACGGUAUUGGCGGUCGAAUAACGGGGUCUGGAAGGAUGAAGAGUUGGUUCCCUGA